AGAAUAUUAUAUGAUAGAAAUGUAUAUUCCAAUUUUAUUUUGCAAUUUAGUUCAAGAUAAAAAAUAACAGAAUAAAAAGGGAAGGUUAAGUUGACGUUAAGAUUUUGUUAAUUAAAAGGAAAACUAAAUUUUAUAUUAGGUGAAGUUUGUAUUUUUUAAACCUCAUUAUAAUUUACUGUAAUAAAAUUAAUAGCCGGUGUAAUUUAUCAUGGUAGACUACAGUAAAUGGAAAAACAUUGAGAUUUCUGAUGAUGAGGAUGACACUCACCCAAACAUUGAUACACCCUCCCUAUUUCGAUGGAGACAUCAAGCAAGAAUUGAACGAAUGGAAGAAAGGAAACAUGAAUUCGAAAAUUUAGAUAAGAGAAAGACUGAACACUCUAAAAAAACUAAUGAACUCAAAGAAAAGCUGAAAGAGGCUGAAAAAACAAAUGCUGAAAAUUUAGCAGAGCUAAAAAAAGCCUUUCAAGAAUUAGAGCUCCAAGGUGAAAAUCUGAAAAAAGAAGAAGAAGAAAUGAGAAAAAAAGAUAAGCUUACACCUUGGAAUGUAGAUACAAUAAGCAAACCUGGCUUUGCAAAGACAGUAAUUAACACUAAACCUCCUCGUCCAAAAGAAGAAAAUCUGACAGAAGCUGAGAAAGAAGCUAGAUUGAACAAAUUUAUUAAGGAACAUGAAAAAAAUCUUAAACACUAUGGUAUGUUAAGGAAAUACGAUGAUUCGAGAGCUUAUCUCAAAAGCCAUAAUGAAUUAGUUUGUGAAGACACAGCAAAUUACCUAGUUGUGUGGUGUAUCAACUUAGAAAUGGAAAAGAAACAUGAUCUGAUGAACCAUGUAGCUCAUCAGAUCAUCUGUAUGCAGUAUAUCUUAGAACUUGCCAAACAACUUGAUUGCGACCCGAGAGCUUGUGUGGAUGCGUUCUUUUCUAAAAUUCAAGUGGCGGAAGUAGAAUACAAAGCAUCUUUUGAUGACGAACUCAGGCAAUUCAAAGAAAGAAUUCGAAAAAGGGCUGCUGAAAAAUUGGAGGAAGCUUUGAAAGAAGCGGAAGAAGAAGAAAGACAAAAACGAUUAGGGCCAGGCGGUUUAGAUCCCUUGGAAGUUUUCGAAUCCCUUCCAGACGAACUAAAAGCUUGCUUUGAAAGCCAAGAUAUACAAUUACUUCAAGACACGAUCGCUAAAAUGGACGAAGAGCAAGCAAAAUACCACAUGAAACGAUGUGUAGACUCGGGUCUUUGGGUACCGGAUGCUGGUAAGAAAAAUGAUGAGAAAGAUGAUGAAGAAGGAGAUACUUCUGGGGAAAAGGAAGUUGAUGAACUUGCGUCUUAGAUAGAAACUGUUUAUAAAUGUUAAUCCCAUUUUUAUAUUGUGAAAUUAAAGUUUGUAUAUACUGCUGACCAAUGAUAUCGGAAUAUACAUUGUGUUUUUAAUCAAAUGGUAGAGUACAAAUCUACAAGUUGUCUUAGUAGUACUGAUAUAUUAUGUUUCAAACGAUUUUUGGAAACGCAAGUUAUGAUGAGGUUUCUCCCAGCAAGUUUUAAACAUCCGGUUAUCACAGGAUUGUUUAAGUAAAUGGACAGCCGAAGUGUGACGUCACGGCGGCCAUUUGUUAUUAUUACUUUCCAAACAAAAGUUGAAAUGCCCAAUCUCAAGACUUUUUAAUUUCUAUAAACUUAACAUUUUUCUUCUUCUGCUGAUUUUUCUUUUAAGUAUAGUGUUUUUUACCAUAAUACCAUCAUAAUUCAGUGUUAUAUUUCUAUGAAAUAUAGUUUUAAACGUUUAAAUUAAAGAAAUUCUAACCUUACUUUUUUUAUACCUGCAUUUGAUUGCUAUUUUUAUAAAACAACAUGCUUUAUUAUUUACAUAACCUUGUAAAAUUGGUGUAGUAACU